GUAAUUAAAACGCAUCUCGUUAUUUUUGUGUGGCCGCCCAGCCUUUCUCUGCAACCCUUCUCUCUACAACCCUUCUCUCACCUGAAAGCUUCAUCCUCAUGCAGCCGGCGACGAGCCCAACCGACCAGCAGAGGAGCAGCUCGUGCUACUAACACCUAUGAUAAAGGCUAACAACGGCGAGAACGCUGCUUAACUCUCAUCGCGCCGAAUAUUUCACUGGAAUCUCGCCACUUCGAUUACUUCCCUUUUUCUGUGUAAGCAGCUAUUGAAAAUACAUUCCCUGUUCUCGUUGGUUCACAUGCAUGCCUACUAAUGUAACCGGAUUAUGUAUUUGAGUUUUUGGGUCGAAGAUUCCAGUUCUUUUACUCUUCAAUGCGUUUUUCUUUGAUUCCUGCAAUUUACUCACGCGGAAUUUAUGGAAGGUUUCGCUUCUCUGUAAAUUUUUCUUCCUUCUGUGCUCUUAAAAUAGUUGAUACUGCCGAGGAGACCAAUGGCAAUAUUUAUCAUUGUAAUUAUGCGGAAUUGCGGCGAAGAAUGCUGGAUUUUGCUACUUUCGGUGACUUCUCACAAGCUUUCUUAACUUUGAAUUUCAUGAAGAACCUGCCUGGAAAGCCUACUGUCUAUGAUUUUAAUGCUUUAAUGUAUUAUUAUUUCAAGUCGAGGAACGUUUCUGUUCAUUUGUUGAUAGAACUUUACCUUGGAAUGAAGAGGUAUGGGCCUGCCCCAAAUGCUCCAACUUUUAAUACUCUUUGUAAUGUUAUGCUAUCAUCUGGAGAUCUGCAAGAUGCAUUUUUUAUUAUUGAAGAGAUGUGUGGAAGUGGUUUUGUGCCAUCUUUUACAAUUUUGUCAAAAUUGUUGAAAAAAACACUUCAAAUUGGGAGUUUGAUGGAUUCGCUUUAUGCUUUUGAGAUUAUGUUGAAGUUAGGCUAUGUCCCUACGGAGCCCACUUUUAAUAUGAUGAUUUGUAAGCUAAUCAAAGCUGGGAUGAUACAUGAGUCAUACCUAGUGUUUUCCUGUCUUUUUGAUAAGGGUUAUUUUUUCGGUGUGCAUACGUUCAAUCCAAUUCUAUGGGCAUUGUGUAAAUCUAAUCAGAGUUGCACUGCUCUGCAAUUUUUUUACUUAAUGAAGAAGAGAGGUGUUGUGUACAAUGCAUGCUCGUAUACAGCUUUGGUUUAUGGAUUUUGUAGAGAAGGUCUUGAGGAAGAUGCUCUGCAGUGUUUAGAGGAGAUGCAAGGUGAUGGUUGUAAUCCCAAUGUCAGAACGUACACUGUGCUUAUUAAGUUUCUUUGUGAUAAUGGGAGGAUUGAGCAGGCAUUCAAAAUUUUGGGUAAGAUGGAAGAAGGAGGAUGCAAUCCAGACUUGGUUACAUACAAUGUAAUUAUCCGUGAGCUUUGUCAUCAAGGUAGAAUGUUGGACAUUUUAUAUUUCAUUCAGAUUAUAGAUCAAAAAGGAUUUUCUCUUGAUUCAUACACAUAUGCUGCCUUGGCUGGAGGCUUGUUAAAGAAUGGCAAAGUCAUGUUCCCAUAUGAAUUGUUGUUUGAUACAAUUUUUAAAGGCUUCAGUGUAGAUGUUGCUCUUUAUAAUAUAUAUCUCCAUUAUUUAUGCCGUCAGAACAGAUUGACAGAACUGUCAACUAUGUUGAACAGAAUGAUAGAAGAAGGCUUUAUGCCAACUAAUGUAUCAUAUAACAUAAUUUUGGAUGCUUUUUGUAGAGGAAAUGGUGUUGAUGAGGCUUUAAAGCUCUUGGAGCAUUUUAAUUGGGAAGCAAAUGGGCCUGAUGUAGUUUCAUUCAACACAAUUUUAUGUAUGGCAUGCAAACAGGGUAACUCCCGGAUGAUAAAGAAGAUUUUAUAUCAAAUGGAGUGUGAAGGUGUUGAGUGUGAUGUUGUCAGUUUCACUUGUCUGAUCCACUAUUUCUGCACGGUUAGGAAAUUUUCAAUGUGUUUAAAGCUGUUGGAAACUAUGAUGCAUGGUGGCCCUUGUCCAACUGUCGUAACUGUUAAGUUGGUAUUGGAUAGACUUCGUAAGAAUGGGUUAGUAGGAGAAGCGCUCCAAUUUACUAAUCGUUUUUAUACGAAAGCUGGGCUUGCUUCAGAAAAGUGUAUAUUUGGAUGUAGAGGUUCAUGAUACUAAAAAGGUGUCAACUUAAUGUGGAAUUCUAGAGAUCCUAGAUCAUGUAUGAUCAAACUGUUGAAUGAAGAUAUUGUGAAAGAUUGGGCAGAACCCUAAGAGCUUUCAUAGGCUAUGUUUGAUAAAAAAGAAACACAUCUUGGGGGCAAUAGAAGCUAAUUGGUGAAUAUUGAAGUAUGAUAAAACUCCAUAGCUUAUAAAUUAUGUUUGGCUUUGUCUUUGGUGAGCACUGUUGCAUUGAAGAUUCAACUCCUGAAUCAGGUUGAAGCAUAGUGUAAGGUAGAUCAUGGAGUAGAACUUAGAUUGGCUAGGAAAGGAGCUGUUUCUGCUGCUCUAUAAGUGGCUGAGAUUUCAGGGUUAUUAAGAACUUUAUGAAGAGAACUUCAGGGUUGGCAACUUGUUAAACUUCUCAUUGCAGGCUGUCUUAAUGGUUCACUUCUUCCUUAAGCGAAGAGAUGGGAAUUUGUCAGAUGUUUUGGGGUUGCGGCUUAAAUUAUGGGCUUUAGGACUUUGUGUCCUUGCUGCCUUGCCAAUGGCAUGGCAACAAACAUGUCCUUCCCUGCAUGAGCACCCAUAUUUGUUACUGGAGGUUCUACUGAUGAGAAAACAGUUGCAAUCUGCUGCUCUGGCUCUACUUCCAUUGGCCUCUAAUGAGUUGGUGUCUACCAAAAGUGCUCUAGAUUCUAGAGUCUAGACUUGUGCAUGAACAGAUGAAGAAUGUGUUGAAUCACACCAGUUAUCUGAGGACGCAUGCAUGGAAACUUUUGUCAGGGGCACUUUACUCUAAAUCCUUGUCAAGGAAGCUUAUUUGGGGUGGUUGGGGGUGGGGGAGUGACAUGUCUAGUAAUUCUGAAAGAAUUAUGGAUGCAGAUGAUGCAUCUUCAUAUGUUGGUAGCUCUAGUGUGGGGAGUCAGUCCACGUAUGAGCUAUCUGAAAUCUUGUCAUUGGCAGAUAUUGGGCUACAAUGUGCUGAGCUGCAAACCAUCAGUUGCUACUUCUCUUGAUGAUAUUGCUAAUAAAAAGUCAUCUGCCAGUCUCGGCAAGGACCAUGACAGAUUGAUUAUUAAUGAAUGGUACAAUAUGACUGUAUACACCAGCAAGUGUAAGGUAAAAUUUCUCUCCAUAUAAUGUGCUGCUGUAGCUGUAUUUUUCUUAUGUUUAGCUCAUAAGUUCUUGCUGCUUCUGUGCGAUUGAAUGUUUUUCCAUGUGUGGAAUGCAUGGGGAUGUGAUUGGAUUAGGAAGGACUGGAGCUCUAUACAGAAGCUUGUAUAAAGUUAAGUAUGUUGAGUCUAUAUAUGUUGUCUCUAUCAUUUAUCAGAAAGUUUGAUAUCUCUUUCUCAUUCACACCAGGGUGUUUUUGCCCCUCAUUUGAUUGUUUCAGGCAAGCUCUCCAAUUGUACAAAAGUGCAAGGGGGACCCAGCACCUGUAGUUCUACAGAUUUUAAACUCAAUUGAAGGGUCCACAAGUAAUGUAACGACUGUUCGUGCAUGUAUGAAAUUUUUGUAGAGGUGCUCCAAAAAUCUUGGAUGAUUCACUUUCUGCUGAUUCAUAUCCCAAAGUUCUGUAUACCAUCUACACUUCUGUGUUCAGAAAGGUCAGGUGUUCUCAACAAUUUACAAAAAUUCAGCAUAUCUCUGACUUCGAAGAUGGACCUUGCAGUAAUCUGGAUGGGUUUGUUAUGUUGAGUAUGUUAACUACUCGCGUGAAGUAAGCUGAGCAAUGUCUCUAAAUGCUCAAGCAUGUCUUUUAUUUUUCAACUGAGACGGUCUUCAUUUCAAUCAGUAUGCAGUGAACUUACUUUUCUUUUCUCCACAUGUGCAUUAUGCAUGUGCACAAGCCUACAAGUGAUUUUUCUUUUGCUCACAUCAGUGUUACGUAUCAUAGGAGGCAGAAGAAAAAUAAAAAGAAGGAUCUAGAAGGAAAAAUGUAGAUGUGUAACUGAGUGGUUGUAGUGUAAGUCGGUGGUUGUAACUGAACUAAAAGAAUUGGAGGGAAAACAAGAUUAGUUAGAAGGUAGUUGAUAAUGCAUGUAUAAAAGAAAGAGAGCUGAGACUGUAAAGGCAUUUAAGAAUAAUCAAUAAUAUUUCUCUUACCUUCUCAUCCCUCUUUGAAAUUUUAUUCUCACCCGCUUUCUGCAUUCUUUCUCACUAAUUCCUUUUCUUUCUCAUCUCUAAUUCCAUUCUCAAUCCCAGAAGUUAGCUGCAUUACAAGUGGAAGUGUGGACUGUGGAGUAUUAGAAUUCUAAAGCAUUGCGAUGAUCACAAUAGCUGCUGCGAACCACCAAAAUUUAGAAUUUGCAAGGAUUUCUGGAUUAGAAGAUCAUGUUAGACUACUGCAAGAAGAGUCCCGGAGGAAUAAAGAAGAAUUGACCCAGAAAAUUGAAGAAGAAUCCAAGAAGAAUAAAGAAGAGUUAGACACAGAAGAUUGAUGUUCCAUGCGACUCAUUCUUGGAGAAAUGCUAGCCCUUCUGACAACAAGGUACAUUGAAGAAUAAAGAGAAUUCAGGAAGUGGUCUUCAGGAAGUGCCCACGAGGGAGUCGACAAUUAUGCAGCGUCACCGGGAGGGAAAGGCCUUUCAGGAACCCCCGAGGGCUGGAUCUAGCGCUGCAACAGGCCCAUAUCCACAAGACAGGCAAUGCAGGUUCUAACAUACAGAAGGUAGGCUCGAAGUUCUUUCCAAAGUCAAAUUGAUUUCUUUUUAUGAGAAUGAGUCAAGAGCGUGGAUUAGGAAGUGUAAUAAGUACUUUGAGGUUUAUGGAGUUUGGGCUGAUCAAAAAGUGGAUCUUGUUAGUUUAUUCUUAGCGAAUAAGGUAUAUUUUUUAUUUCAUAACUAGAUUAAGGGAGAGAAAAACACGAGUGGAAAGAUUUUGAGAAAGAAUGCAGAAAGGAGGUGAGAAUAGAAUUUUAGAGAGGAAUGAGAAGGCAAGAGAGAUAUUGUUGAUUAUUCUUGAAUACUUUAUAGUCUCAGCUCUCUCUCUUUUGUGCAUGUAUUAUCAACUACCUUCUAACUAAUCUUGUUUUUUCUCCAAUUCUUUUAAUUCAAUUACAAUUACAACCACUUAGUUACACUACAA